AAAAACAGAAAUUUGUUUAUUCGAGUAAAACUACAUCAAACAUAGUACUUCUCUUUUCACAUUUUCACAGAGCGCGCGAGUUUGGGUUCCUCCGUUGGUUCGUCAAAUCGGCGAUGGCGACCUCCCUGCAACGCAUCUCGAGCCACGCUCGUCUUCUCCGGACCGCUAUCGCUUCUGGGUCCAGACCAUUCUCGGCCGACGCUUUGGUCGAGUACCGGCCCGGCGAGAUCGGAAGAGUCUCCGGCAUCCCCGAUGAACAUCUCCGCAGAAAGGUUGUGAUAUACUCACCUGCAAGAACUGCGAGUCAACAAGGAUCAGGGAAAGUUGGCAAGUGGAAGAUUAACUUUGUGUCCACACAGAAGUGGGAAAAUCCAUUGAUGGGCUGGACUUCAACUGGGGACCCUUAUGCCAACGUUGGUGAUUCCGCACUCAGAUUUGACAGCGAAGAAGCUGCAAAGUACUUUGCAGAGAACCAUGGUUGGGAUUACGUGGUUAAGAGGCGGCACACGCCAUUGUUGAAGGUGAAGUUAUAUGCUGACAACUUCAAGUGGAAGGGCCUCCCUAAAACUGAGGCAUGAUUGGUCUCAGUGCUUUUCUUUUUCAGUUCCGUCUUAAGAGGGUGAUUGUGCAACAGAGCUUGCAGUUUUUUUUGUCGUAUUUCAUUGUAAAAGUCACUUGAUCGAAACAAAAAAUUCCUUGAUCAUCAUAUAAUAAACGGAAUUCAUGUUGUUAAGCUUCUUGAUCAAUGAAAAUCUCUUGAUUCCCA